AUGCUAGCCGUCGAUGCGUACUCCAAAUGGCCGGAAAUUGUUCAAACGCGACGUAUUACAUCAGCAGCAACGAUCAGCAUCCUGAGAAGCCUUUUCGCCCGCCUUGGAAUGCCAGAGGUGGUUGUUAGUGGCAAUGGCACCCAGUUCACGAGCGCGGAAUUCCAGAAUUUCUGUGCUGACAAUGGAAUUCAACAUGUAACCACGGAUCCGUUUCAUCCACAAUCCAACGGACAAGCGGAGAGGUUCGUGGAUACUUUCAAGAGAACGGUGAAGAAAAUUCAAGAGGGGAAGAAUACGCUACAAGAAGCAUUGGACGUGUUCCUGUUGGUCUACCGCACAACGUCAAAUCGGUAA